AUGGCUCCGUGCCGCUGCGCCCGCUCGACGUGCGUGACGCUCCUGCUCCCGGGCCUGUCCUCGGCAGCGCAGGCCUCGCUGGAGGUGUCUGGGCGCGAGCUCCGGGUGAGGAGCCUGCUGCCCGGAGUGGCCCACGCGCUGGACGUGCCGCUGCCGAGGGCGGUGGACCCAGACAGCGCCUCGGCGCGGUGGUCGCGGAGGGCGCGGCAGCUGACCGUGCGCCUUCGGGCGGCGGACCCGCAGCAGCGCGACGGCCGGGCGUCGGCCGCGCGCGCCGACGACCACGUCGUUGCCACGAGUGGCUGGUCCAGGUCUGGUGCCCACGGCGGCCGCGGGCCGAUGCCGACCUGCUGCAGUUUCGUGCUGCGCCUGUUCAAGGGCGGCAGCCGCAAGACCGCGGCGGCGGCGAGGCCGGAUGGCAUCGGGGAGACGGAGCGGCGCGUGGUGGAGUGCUUGCUGCAGAUCCAGUCCACGAGGCACAUGUGGGCGAGGCUCCUCGUGGACCACGAGGGGAGGAGCCCCUCGCUGUGCUCGGCCACGGCCCGGGACGCGCCGCCGGAAGCGGAGGCGGGAGGGCCCUCCGGCGGCAGGACCCCGCUGGAUCUCAUCAACGACUGGCGCGUUGAGGAGAUGAGCCGGCGACUGGCCGACGAGUUCUCCGGGAAGCAGGCCCUCCAGGAGGCGCUCGCCGCCAGGGAGGUGCAGCUGCAGGAGGCGCUGGCGCAGAGGGACCAGCUGUUGGAGGAGCUCCGGCUGGAACGCGAGCAGACGCGCAGGGACCACGCGCUCCAGCUGAGCGAGGCCACCUCGAGGGACCAGGAGGCGUGCCGCCUCCAGGAGAGCCUGGCCGCAGAGAUCUCCAGGCAGGCCAUCCGCUCGGCGCUGCCCACGGUGCUCACCACGCCGCAACCGGCAGGUCCCGCGGUCGGGGCCUCGUUGAUGGACGCUCGGGCCCUGCCCCUGGUGCUGCACAAGCGGUGAGGGUGGCGGGGCCAGAGGCCUUUUGCCGGUCUUCCCCCAGCGCAUGCGGGCCCCGUCUUUGUACCACCGACCGCAGUGCAUGGGCCCCGGCCCGCCCUCGCGACCCCUAAGGGGCCCGCUGGCCGGCCAGGCGGCGGACUCGGCGCGCUCCGCUCCGCUCCGCUCGCGGGUCGGCGCCGGUGCCGAGGCCCGCUCCGGGGGGAGGGGGGAGGUCGACGGAUUUCAUUUUGCUCCAGCAGCCAGUUCUUGUUGUCAGUUCGUUAUUUUGGCUUCCCGCUAUCGCAACCGAAUGACUGGCCCGCCAGUUUUAGUGCCGACGGGCACGGUGGCGGAUUGUACCUGUGCCUUGGGCACGGCUGGCCAGCGCUCUGCCUGACGCCGACCCUCUGGGCCUGUGCGGCGGCCGCCGCAGGCCGCCGUCCGAGCGCAGCUGCUGUCCCUGACGCUCUCGGCGUGGCGGCGUUGUGCCCCGGUUCCUCCUAUCGUUGCCCCUCACUCUGGCUCCACCUCGUCGGCGUCUGACCGCCCAGGGCUCGAGCUCUGUUCGCCUCCGGCCCCCGCCGCCCGCCUGCUGCGCGGGGCUGGCCGGGUCGCCCCAGGCGUGUCCGAGAGAGACGGUGGCCGCGGCUCGCCGCCGCCGUCGCCGUCGUUCGGCCACGCGCACAGGUUGGU